GUAGAGAGUGUAGCAUAAAAUAAUGGCUUCCAAAGCGUGGAAAAAGAAGCGAAAAGACGAAGUUACUGAAAAGGACAGCGACGACGAGUCUUCGAGUGAAGAUGAAAGCGUUGACUCCGAAUCUGAUGUAGAUCAUAAUCUUGAAAUUCAAGUUGAGUUUGAAGCGCGUACUCCCGAAGCUUCAGAUUUUGAUGGCAUAAAGAGAUUAUUGCAGCAACUUUUGGUGAAAUGCGGCAUCAAUGUCUCUGAGUUAACAGAAAUUAUAUUAAGUCAGUCUGAAGUGGGAAGCGUCAUAAAGUGCAUACCUGAAGAGGAUGAUGAUGACAAUGAUGAGAAUGAAACAUGUGGUAUUACCACAGUUCUAAAUCUUAACCGUCACAAGGAUUCUACAUGCAUUAAGGAUCUUAUUGAGCUGGUUAAAACAAAAUGUGAUCAUGGGGGAUUCCUUAAGAUACUUACAAAUCCAGACAAUGUGAUUGGCUGGCUGAUCAGCGAACGGUAUAUAAAUAUUCCAGCACAUAUAGCACCUCCUCUUUAUGCAAGUCUGAGAUCAGAAAUUAUCAAAGCUUGUCGUAAGGGCAAACCAUUCGAAUUCAGCUAUCUGCUGUAUAUUUGUAAGUCGUACAAAUUGGAUGUGUCCGUUAAGCGAAAAAAGAAGAAACAGACAGAAGAGGAGAACGCUUUGAUGUUCAUUAAUGCUGAAGAUGAAAUACUUAGCCAGAGGGCGACCGAGAAAGUCGACUAUGACGUCACAGAGCAAAGUCAUAGUUUGGUGACGGGCAAAUGGCAGGAUGGUGACAAUCAGAUGAGACCAUACAGAACUGUCAUGUUAAUACCUUGGAGUAAAAUGGAGACUAUCACAUCAGAAAUGGAGCAGUUUGUUUCAUGAAGAAGGUGAAAGCAUGACUGUAAGUAAACAGUCAAAAAAUAUUAUGUGGUUUCAUUCAAGGAAUGUAUGACAUAUACUAUACUAAGUGGAAUACUUCUGCAGAGCAAAUAUUUCUACGGAAAUUUAUUUCUAUAGAAGUUGUUGUAGCAUCAACAUAUUUGCAUAGCGGUACUAUAUGACGUUGGGCGGCUGGUCGUGUUUUUGGCAAAGUUACUUUAGCAAUCGACACGCUCUCGGGGUUAACGCGGACAACAACUUUACCGCGAUUUGAUCAAUUACGUAGAUCUAGGAGAAGGGAUGAAUAGGGACAAGAAGGGACAAGAACGCCGAAAUUAAACAUAUGUAAUUCAAGACCAAGCUACAUGCGUAUCCAACUUGACACGAAUGUGCUGUAUCAAUAGAAAACGUUAAUUUACAAUUUUAAAAUUGAACAGAUGCACGUCUAAAACUAAACUAAAUGUAACGGCUCUUUAAGGCUUACGUAUGCGGUAGCUAAUGCUUGAAAGUGCAGAUCGUCGUCAUACUUAAUGUUUCAUAAGUAGUUUGUUAAUACUCUUAUCACGAGUUGUUUGUUUUGGCCUUGGUGCCCGUGUCGUUUUGCGGUCGAUUAAUUGAUUUGAGAUAAGAAACCACGUCCUACAACAAAAAGUAACUUCAAUAUGGAACGAGAAUAGUGGCAAAUAGCCAGCCUGUAUGUUUGAUAGUGCGAUUGAAAUGCCAGAUCAUUGGGAUGAUGUAUUUCUUUAGAAAUCUCUUGUUUUUACAAUGAAUGAACACCAAAAUAUUUCCAUAGCAUGACCAAACUUGCGGGCUGGCUACGUCACAUGGCCAAAACCGAUGCUAUCACACUGCGCGGAUGGCGGAACUCGUGUACGAGUUCCUAUACUUACAUUUCUGCCGAAUGAUUGUGCAAAGUCCAAGGCGUUGUGACCGUGCUGUUGCAAAUGUAAAACAUAAACAAUGAAUGUACAGGGUAAGGGUUUAAUUAUUAUUUGCUUUAAGAUAAAUAAAAAUAUAGAAUCAAA